UCCUCCCAGAUCUGGACCAGGCCUUCUCUGAGCUUCUGGACAGUCUGGAUGGCACUGUCCCAGAGGUGAACUAUUGGAUCUAGAGGAUGCCGGGGUCUCAGCCCACCCUCAUGAAGUCUGUUGCUGAUUGUUUUGUGAGAAACGUUCUCACCGGUGGCCUGUUGGAGGUCAUUUUGUAGCUCUGGAAGUGCUCAUUGUUCCUCCUUGCACAAAGGAGCAGAUACUGGUCCUCCUGAUAGAUUAAGGGCUUUCCACAGCCCUGUCCAACUCUCCUAGAGUAACUGUCUGUCUCCUGGAAUCUCCUCCAUGCUCCUGAGACUGUGCCACAGCAAACCUUGUGGUAAUGGGUGAAAUCCUGGAGGAGUUGGACUACCUGUGCAAGGUCCAAGUAUCGCUUCAUGCUACCAGUAGUGACGCUGACCCUAGCCAAAUGCUAAACUAGUAAAAUACAGAAAAGAUGAAGAGGGUAAAACCAUUCCUGUUUUUGGGGUUGUGUCAUUGUUGCUCCGCUGUUGUUAGUUUCAUUAAUGCCAAAGCAGAUGAAACUAAUUAACAACCCUCUGACCACAUCAAUAUACCUGGCAGUUUAACUGACCUGAUGCUAAACUCUGAUUAAAAAGUGUUGCAGUGUAUAACACUGACAGAUGAGCACUGGUCAAAUACGUUUCAUCGCUCCGAAAAGAACAGAGCUGGAGACAAAGCAGUUAUUUUAAGGCUGACCACUGUUACACAUUAUAGAACUGUCCAACAGUGCAGUCUUAUUAGUCAGACACAGUAACAUGAAUAAGAACAAUUAAAAGGUUUUUCUUUUCUUUCUUUGAGAAACCAGAUGAGUCGCCCCCUGCUGGUCACGGAAAAGGAAGGCACUUCAUCCAUCCUUUAUAUCCAGUCUAUGACCUUCACUAAGACGUUUUUUAAAACUUAGUUUUUGGCUGAAACGUGUUUUAUAAAUCAAGUUGUGAAAAAAGCGUGGUGUAAGCAGACUGAUGUAGGUGUGCGGAUGGCUCUACAUCAGAUACAGUUUCCUCUGAUUAUCGUCGCGGAUGGGAGGUGAAACAUAAACUUAAAGAAGUCCAGAGGCUUCUCUUUCCAAGCUCCUUAGACUACGAUGACCUGGAUGACUGAGAACCUUCACAGACACGUCGCGUUGUGAAACAUGAAGGGACCUCCUGCUGGAGUCGGGCGAGGGCGUGCGCAUGCCCGCCGCAUGGUGCUGGCGUCGUGAGCGCGCCUCGUGCUGCUGCUGCUGAUGGAGCUUCACUGAGCACAGAGAGUGGCCGCCGUGUCGAGGAGGAGGAUGAAGAGUGAUGAACAGAGUGUCGACCCUACAUGACUGAUCGGAUCGCUGCACGCGCGAGGCGACCGUCGGCGUCAUCAAUCGGCGCGCAGAGUCCAGCUGAUGUGAGGCUGAGCGCGAGCCGCAGCGGGAGACAAUCAGCUGAGCGGCACCUGGACGUUGUGACGGAGGAGCUGCAGGUAAAGGGUCAGGCCAGCAGGUCAGGAGCGCUGAAGACUGUUUGCCUCCCUCUUCAGGCCCAUUUUGGAACUGCAGCUUCACCGUCAGCUAACAGCUAACCGAGCAGUGAGACGCCUAGUUAGUGAAGCAGUGCUGUGGUUUGUGUUCUGACUGUUGGAUGGCCACAGGAGUGAACUACUGGAACUCUUAUGAACCCAGUCGCAAGGUGAGAGAGAGUGUGUGGGGAGGUGAACAGGAGUCGAGUAGUGAGGAAGGAGGAGGUGGAGAGGGCAUAUGGGACACACAAGCCAUGGAGGUCAAAGGUCAACUCAUCUCAGCACCUGACCCUCUCACCUGCCCAGACAGGAAGCAGAGAGAGCGAAUGGUGGAGCUACAGGAGAGGAGGCGGAGUCUCCAGGCGCUGCUUAGCAGCCGAUUGGCUGAGCUGAGACGCAUCUGUCUGCAGGAAGCUGAGCUGACGGGUGCAGUGCCCAGUGAUUUCCCCCUGGAGGCAGGGGAGAAGCCCCCCUGUGUUCGUAGGAGAGGUGGAACGUCCCGCCAGGGAAACAGGAAGUGUCGAGUAGAGGAGGAAGACGCUCAGCGUUCGAAGCCGAAGAAAAAUUUAUUCAGCGGAGCGCUGAGGAAACACAGCGACUCUGAGCACAACGCACACACGCAGACACACACACACCACGGGAAGAGGACUGUCCACAGAGGCUGCCACACAGACGACACAGUGAGGUCAGAGAGCAGCUCGACAUCAGACUCAACAGGACACGACAAUGAUGACGGUGUGUCUCAGUGUCGCCCCCUGCUGGUUUCUUCUGGGUCUCCGGUGGAGGUUUUCUAUCAGAACAGAACCAGGAGGAACUCCGUGCACAGAACUGAGCAUCUGGACAGCCAGAAGCCCCUCCCACUGCCUCCCUCACAACCUCCUCCCCCUCCCCCUCGCUCUCAGGACUCCUCUUCCUCUGGCCUGUCUGACCCUGGAGCAGGAGGGGAGGUAGGACUCAAGGCUAAUGCAGCUCGCCGUAGUAACAGCUCUGAUGGCCUCCUGGACCGCAUCACCCCUCCUGAGGAUGAUGUUGGGGUGCAGCAGGGGGGAUUGUGGGUAAACGGACUGCCGGGGUCCAGAGGAACAAGCACAGCCGGCGCGUAUUGGAACUCGGAGACGCUGACAGACGGACGGUCGAGGGCAAAUAAUGGAGUCAGCGAUGGGAGAGGAAAAGGGGGAGGUGCAGGGCGAGGAAGGGGAGGAGGAAGGGGAGACAGAGGAGGAAGAGGAGCGGGGUACAGCGAUGUCCUGCUGGACUAUGUUUGGGGAAAACAGCAGCAGCUGCAGAGACAGCAUUCUCAGCCCCACAGACAGCCAAUCACAUCGCAGCAGCAGGUAGUCUACAAUGGCUACUCCCAGCAGCCAUCAGGAGCCCCGCCCACCUACCGCGGCCCCCAAGGUGACCAGCGGCGGGUCACGGUAACCCGAACCAAAUCGUGCGGUCCGUUCCUCCCGGUGCAGCAGAGCCAGACUGAUACCCACAAUCCCCCUCUGGUCGCCAUUCAGCCCGACCCCCACCCCCACCUGCUGCCGCCCCGACCCCCUCAGCUGCCCCCCAACCAGGACUCCCAACUGGAGGAGGCCACCAGGAGCCUCCACAAGGCCCUCGCCCUGGAAGGUCUGAGGGACUGGUACCUAAGGAACACCUUAGGCUCCUCCCACCAGAACCAGGCCAAUGGAAAGGUGACCGCAGGGACCAACGGCAGUAAGAUGAAUGGAGGGGUCAAAGGUCAGGCGGGAGGAGGCGGGGCUCUGCAGCGGAGACGGACGACACACGGUGUCAUUCAGCAGUCGGCCUAUCAGACGGAGACGAAUCAUCAUCAUCACGCUGCGCCGCAUCACAAACACACGCUGCCGCAUUCAGCCACGUUCCACGGACACCCGCUGCACGGCAGGUCUGUGGAUGGCUCGCUCUACCACGACUCGUUUCCUGCUCAGAAACAGGAAGUCCCUCUCAGAGAUCCGCCGAUGGACCAACCGUCUCCUGGGACUCUGGUCUGACUCAGCAACCAAUCACGAUGCUGAGAGGCAGGCAAAGGGACUAAUUCCAGGCUGGCUUCCUGGGAUGAGCAGUAUGAAGGAAUGCGUGUCCAGGUGUCUGAAUCAAACACACCUUGGUACUGAUGAAUGGAAGUUCCUGAUCGUACAGGAUGGAAAACCCCGCCCGCCUCGUCCUCGUCUGCCCUCAGGGUCGAGCUUCUGUUUGUAAAAAUGAACCAAACCCCAGACCAGGUCCAAGGAGGGAGGAGGUCCAACCCUCCUCCCUCCUUGGACCUGCUCCUCGCUGCUCGGGUCACUGCUGCUCUGCUCGGUGAACUUCUUCUAUCAGGGAUGGACUUUAAGUCAACAGCUGCUUUUCCACCAAACUCUCCAGAAACAUCAGUUCUACUAGGAACUAAUGACAGGAAAAAGUUCCUGCAGCAAUCUGUGUUGCAAAGAAGAAGAUUGAGCGAUUUCCUCUGACAGUUGUCCCCUGCAGGCAUUAAAGUCUGGAUUCAGAAAGUAAUCUGUCUCGUUCUGCUUCGCCCUGAUUACUGCCACCAAAAGUGUCAUCUGCUGUGGAAGAUGCUACAUUUCUGGACUAAUUAGAGAUGUUCACAUGCACGACCUGCCCUGAGAUUUCUCAAACUAUCCUAACGGCUACUUCACUCUGAGGGAUUUUAGUUUCUAACAUGUAAGCGACGUAAAUGGUCGUGGCCAAAUCUUUGGUUCUCUUCGCUCAAUGGAGUCGCAGUUCUCAGAGAAACUAACUCAGCCCGAUGAUCAUUGGCCAAAAGCAGCCGUAACUGUUCAGAAAGGAAGGUCCGGGUUCCUACGGUGGCAUCAGACUGAUGCUGAAACACCAGCCACAUGCUGUACGCGUCUUUUCCAAAUACAUUUUAAGAUUUAUUGUUAAAAGCUGCAGAUGGACGAGCCGAAGACGAUUCUCUGCUUUUGUGGAAGUCGUUAUUUCUCAGGCGUUCAGAUUGAAGAUGGAGAUACGGCGUCUCUCACAGGUUCCUGUUUCUGGGAUAGCUAGAACAAAGACUUCUGGAGUCCUUUCAGAGAUGCAGCCAUUUUCUGAAAGGUUUUAGAUUAAAGCAGAAACUGAACAAGGUGUCCGUGGCUCUGUUCCUACACCCUUCAGACUGUGCUUAGACAAUCAGACUCUCAAAACACCAACGAGGAGGACGUACCUCCUCUGAAGACAGAUGACAUCACCAGCUACCUGCAGCCAACCAGCAAAGCGCAAAAAGAACUUUUUGGUGACUUGAUCAGGUGACCUGUCGAUCCCUCAGGUGAGUCCAGGCAGGGAGCGUCGCGGUGAGGUUCUCCAGCGUUCUCCCGGUUUGGACUCAACAUCUCUGCACUAAAACUCGAGCACCGAGUUUACUGACACCAGCUGAACUGUCGCUGCUGCUGUUUGUGGCUUUAAGCAGCUGCAAAGCCCUCGAGUAGAAACCAAACGUGAACAGAAUAAAUCCUCUGAAGUAAACGGAGCUUCCCACCUCACUGCUGCAGAGGGACUCACAGAAGCUGACGUACUCACGAGCCUUUCCUCCGAAAAGGGAAAUAUUUUCUGUACGCGUUAAUUUAUCUGACAACUUUAGAUACUUGGAAACGAGGAUGCUUGCAAACGGGACACUUUAAAAGCCGAUACAAACUGCUGAAAGGUUCAUUUGGUUUCUGAAAACUCGACUUUUUAACCGAGUCGAAGGAUUUGAAAUGUGAAUAUCUGACACUUUUCAUUUUAGUAAUUCACUUCUAAUCAUUUUAAGGUUUGGAUAGUUUGUUGGUUUCCACUGCAGGAACACCGGAGAGGUUUUAUGGUAAAGUUUUUACAUUUAGCAGCACUUUGCAGUGAGAAAUUACAAACGCAGAAAGUUUAUUUUUAUUUUAACCCCUGGCAGCUGUUUCUUAUCAAAGAGCCAUUUUCACACAUGCAACUCACACAGCUUUACUAUGACUUCAGCCCAUGUCCAGCUCAGUCAGAUCACAAAUAAACCAGUAUUUAAUUCCCGAGUGCAAAGUCGACGCUUUAGCCGAUGCAUGAAUUCUGGUGCAUCGUGGCCUCCGAGCUGCCCAUUCCAGGCAGUUUAACCCCAGAGAGUAAUUUACAAAUGUGACAAAGGAAACUUAAACUCUUGUAGUCUGAACCUAGAAUUUGAACGACUAGCACAUAUUUUGUCAGAACCACACCUGGAAGACUCCUUUCAGGGCAAAACAAAGGCACAUGGUCGGUAAACGCCUCCUUUAGGGAAUGUGCUUGAGAUGGCCCACAAUGAGUGGGGCUCUAUGGCGCUCUUCCACAGGUCACUGAUUCGGUUUAGAGGAUCCUUUUUAGAAAUGUUAAAGGGGAAGUCUUCAGUUUAUCAUUAGACAUCAGUAGAACACCAAGACAUCACAAGAAUCCCCUCAAAAUGUUCAACUACUGUUCCUAUAAAAAGCAAAAGACACUAAUUAAGUUUGGCUGCCAUCCCCUUUGGUGAAGGCUUCUCUCAUUUGUUUCCAAUACUCUUUUCUAUGGAGCUGAAACUUUGGAUUGUGGUAAAAUAUCUUUUUUUAGUUAUUAGGUGUUCGGCAGCCUCCUGAGAUGAGUCGCCUUCAUGCACCACAAACAGCUGCUUCUAGAUUUUCAUAAGGUCUUAACAGACCAGUUGGCACACAUUAGCAGAGUGACAGCUGAGAAAGUUGUUUGCAUUUGUGAAAAUUACAGAAGAAGAGUUAAUAAAUAUUUAAGCGAUUUGGCUCCGGUGACUCCCAUUCAUUGAGGGUUUUGCAUUAACAGGAAGUGUAAAGGCUCUUUGUUGAAUGAGGCACCAAUUCAAGGAAAAUACCCCACAGCUACCCGUAGUUCCUGCACUGGAAACCCCUCCCCAGUUUUUGUUGUUCAUGUUUUUUUAAACAGUGAAUCCAGAUUAUGAUCAGCAGAUGAAUCCAUAAUGAAACAGUCAUCAGCUGCGACACAGUUUAUUCUCGCAGAAAGACGAAAAUAGUCACAUCUAAGGGAACCAGGAGUUGUUUGAUCAGACACUCGAUUGAUUAAGAGGGAUCGCUUUGGAGGUUUCUGUAUUUGUGGUUUAAAUGAGAUCCAGAUGUGGAGAAACAGCAUCAGCAGCUGGAAAGCUGCAAGAACCACUCAGACCUUCUGCCCCAUUCGGAGCCCUCAGUGAAGCCAUUGUCCUGCUGAGCUGACCGGGACUCCAAGUCCAGGACGACUGAAGCAAUAAGAGGAGCUGUUCCAAGUUUCCCUUUGCAAAUUUUAUCGCUCUUUCAGGAAAAAAAAAAGCAUUUGCAGCGACAAUCAGGAAAUGUCACAGUCGUCACAGUAGUGACUGUUUAAUCGAUGAAUUAGAAUUUAUUCAGUUUUUUUCUUUUGUUUUUUUGGUACUCUGCUCCAGAAAAAAGAUUUUAUAAAAAUGCCCGUGAAUGAAAUGCAGCUUUUUCAGCGCUGUGAAGUCAGUGUUAUUAAUCCAUAAGUUAUUGAUCAGGAUCUGUGUCCACACGUUCCUACUGUCUGUAUUUAUUGAUCGUCUUUCAGCGUGCGGUUGUCUUCAUAAGCUGCAGCUUUGCCUGACCCAGUCCCAGCUUUGUAUUUUUAAAUUCAGCUUCACUGAAACCGGCCUGACCUCCAGCUUCCCCCACAAUGAAGCCGCGGUCACAUGACCCAAUAUGACGACAAACUCAGACCAAGUCGGUAGAUCAGACUGAGACUUGAGAGGUUACGAUACAUCAAAGAAAGUUUCUCAGGUCACAGAUUCACUUUAGAAGAAGAUUUUAAGACAUUUUAAAGGUGAAAACAUCAGAUUUGUGUUCUAUCACAAAAGCAAAAAUCAUAUCUGAUUUAAGUUUGGCUGUCGUCCCAGUUAAUGUAGACUUCUCCCAUUUAGCACUAUCCUGUUUCCAGCGCUCUUCUGUUGAUUUCAGUGUGGAUCUCAAACUUGCUCAGAGAGCAAACGUCAACUUUAAUUUUGAGGAUCGAAAGAGCUGGAUCUCCAGUUUUCACACAUGACCUGUAGCCCAGAACUGUUCCAGGACUUACCCAAAUACAUAAAGUGGUCUUUAAUCUGCUCCAGCUCUUGGAUGUCUGGUGUCAUGUAGGAGAGCCAUCUUUGAGACAGUCCAGAGUGAUUUGGUGCCUUAUGAAGCUGAAGCUUCAGGCUAUUUUCUAAUACUGUUGAAUCAGACAUGAAUGAGUAUUUAACCUGCCAGCUGCUUAGGAAAAGUCAUCGAUAAUGGGUUGUGGGUAUGGCUGAAUAGACCAACUAACAGUAGGGUGCAUUCAGCACGAGAAUAAAUCUAUUUCCAGCAGUGUAAGAAUAGUCCAAAUAGUGUCUUUACUGGAAGAGCCCACAGUGUUAGGAGGAUGAGCUACGCCUGGUUUUCUUUAAAAACUAACAGGCCUGCCCAUAUUCUCUCCAGUCUCCAAGGAUCAUAUUUUAUCAAGCGUUGUUGAGGGAGAACAUUCAAUGGAAACCAAAUGAAUUUAAGGAAUUCAGCAGCAGGUGAUUCGGAAGAGACUGGGAAUGUUGUAUUGACCUGGGAGUGGGUAAUGGCCAAAUCCAAAUCAGGGCCAUUUGUUUGCAUUUUUUAGGCACGUUUGCAAAACGUUUCAGUCAUAUUUUGCGUAAGCAUCGCCGACCUCCAGAGAUCCAGGCAGGGUGUUGGAUAGUUUUAUUUUUCUGUCUGGAAGUCUGGUCAUGUGACCCUCCGGCUUCAGAAAGUCUCAGCAUGCCCCUCUCCUCACUCCACGCUCACACCAAAGCAGAAACAUGUGAAGAUACGAUGUAAAUACAGCACGCGUGUUCACGACUGUUCGAGCUGCCGUACUGCUCUACCUGUACAUAAUACUGCAGCGCCACUAAACAUACUGCAGUACCAGGAUAUAAUGGUGUGGUACCAGUCUGAAUAUUUGUCACAUUCUGUACUCUCCAGUACCAGUAUUAGCUUGAGUGCAGUGCUGUACUCCUGCUGUAGUACUGGUAAUGUGCAGUGCUAGUAUUCAGGGACCAGGACUGCAGACGUGCUGAUGUCCAGGUUCAGUGGAGCCUCUCUCAACCAAACCCUGUACAGUAUUUUGAUGAUUUAACAUUUCUUUCUUUCUGUGUCUCAGUAUGAGAGAAAAUUUCCUCCAGCUGAGUUAAGUACUUGGAUUUUUAGGUUAAAGCUCUGUUUCCUGUACUGCUGAAGUUGUACUAGUCUCCAGUACAGCUCUUUGCUCUGGGGCCUCCUGCUGCCAUUCUGUGUCCCAGUUCAGGUCCAGGACCAGCUGUAGUACCACUGUGUGGACUGUGGCUCUGCUACGAUGCAUUCAGGUGCACUGUGUACAGUCUGUUUUUUCUGCUGUACAGUAACUCUGUUUAAAAAAAGGUUUUCUAUUGGUCGUUUGUACUUUUUCCACUCUGAACUCUUUCUGAUGUUUCAUGAUGGAAAUGAAGCUUGGUGUAAAUAAAGCCUGAGGCUGUCAGCAGGUGCUUUUUAAAUAAAGAUUUCUCUUCCUUUA